AGUAUAUAUAUGCUUAUCACGUAACAACUCGCUACAAAAUUUCGUCCUCGGGGUCUGUAAUGGCGUCCCUGUACAUAUUACUGCUAUCGGCACUGGCCUUCGAUCCAGGCUUUGCCUUUGUUUUGAGUGAUGAAAAAAAUUUAACAUGGUCGACCAAUUACCACGCGAGGGGAGAAAUGACGAAUCUCUUUACUGGUAUCAUAAAGCCUUUCGAGAUCUGGUACAGCGCCGAAAUUAACAAGUCCCGUAUUGACUUUUACAACGGUAUGGUGAAAACCUUCAGCGUUGGUGAAACUGACGAGGACUUAGGUCAAGAAUUUAAGGUGUAUCCGAUGACAACGGAAACGGUGACGAAUCAAAUAGUUUGUGAAAAGCAUAUACUUGAGAAAGUUAAAAAUUUCUUCGAGAGGGAACAAGAGUUUGAAUACACAGGAGACACGGUCUACAACAAAAAAAAUGUUCAAAUUUGGAAAAUGCUCGAGGUUGAUCCAAGCGAACAAAAGAAAUUAGAAGAAAUUAUAUACGUCUAUGAGAAUGAAGACGGAACUCAUGUACCCCUAUUACGUGAAAGAAUAAAACAUAACGUCUGGAGCGGUGCACUAGACGGGCAUAUUAUCGUACGAUAUUUCGACUAUGGACCCGCAACUGCUGAAGAUCUGGAUGUAAAUCAAGUUGAGGCCUGCAACGAGACUAUAAUAGAUGAAUCGUUGAAGCAAGCUCGUCUUGUCAUCGAUGACGAUGAAUUCUUAAGUUAUAAAUUACAACACAAAAAAGAGUAUAAGGGAGACGAACACGAAGUAAGGAGACAAAUAUUCAACGAAAAUCUAAGAAAAGUGAUAGAACACAACCAGAAGAAUCUCGGAUACAAAUUAACAAUUAACAAGUUCUCCGACCGGACUGACGCGGAGCUGGCACACCUGUUCGGAACUAGACCCUCUGAUCCCUUCCAGGAGGGUUCAAUUGUUUUCCCUCAUACUGAAGAGGAAGUGGAUGUUCUGGCACAGGACCUACCUGACAACUACGAUAUGAGAAUUGGAGGGUACAUCAGCCCCAUUAAAAACCAAGGUGCGUGUGGCUCUUGCUGGGCGUUCGCCACCGCGGCGGCGGUAGAGGGCGCACUCGCUCGUACGAACGGUGCUCGUGACCUUGAUCUCAGCGAGCAGUCGAUCGUCGACUGCGCUUGGGGAUUCCGAAACUACGGCUGCGACGGAGGUUUCUUAGACAGGGUAUACAGGUAUGUCUUAGAGCACGGUAUUGCAGUAGAAGAGGACUACGGAUUAUAUUUAGAAGAGAAUGGUUACUGCAAAAUGAAAAACAUGACCAAAAUCUACCACAUUAAGGGUUUCACUAAAAUACCAUCACUCAGCGUGAACGCCAUGAAAGUAGCUCUGUACAAAUAUGGGCCGGUUUCCGUUACCAUCAACUCUUCCCCUAUUGUACAUUAUGCUAAUGGAAUAUACUACAAUGUUGAUUGUAACGACGAUGGACCUAACCACGCGGUGACUGUGGUGGGCUAUGGUGUUCGAGAUGGAGCCACAUAUUGGAUCGUCAAGAAUUCCUGGGGCGAAGACUGGGGACAGGACGGCUACAUCCUCUUCUCUGCCACUAACAACAACUGCCACAUUCUAGAAGAUGCUUACUGCCCUAUUAUCUAAACUCAUACAAUUGCAACAGACACAGAACUAUGACAGAACUUAAUUGAUCAUUUGUAAAGAAAAGAAACAAAAAAAGAAAGCUUAAGAAAUUUAAAGAAAGUUAAACUGAUUAAGUAGAUUUUAAUAAAGUUCUAGUCGAUUUACGAAGUGAAUAAACGAGAGAAGAGUUUUGGACUAUAUUUAAAUUUUAUUGAAAAAGCCGAUGAUUGCUUAAUUUAGUCAUUAAAACAUAAAAUUAAAAACAGUGUUUGUGUUGUACAAAACAUUUUCAAUUUUUUUUUACGUCACAGUUCUGCUAGUUGCACUAAAAAUAACGUCUAAACGGUUGACUGAUGUGCUGUCUCUUUCUAUCAAAGUGAAGAUUACAUUGAUAUGACUGGGACAGUAAAUAUUUAGCUAAGUUUUAUAUUAGGAAACGCUUUGAGUUUUUACAAAAGAAAAUACUGUGUUGUCCAAGGUCGAAUGAGGCAAAUAGUUUUACAUGUUGCUUAGUUGUAACAGUGGGUUUUAAAAUGAGUAUAAAAGUUUCAUUCCUUUUCCUUAUUGUCUUCUAUUUUAUCUUUUUCUUUUCCUUACUCUCCAUUUUUCUCUCUCUCUUGUACAGAUUAUUAUUUUCGUUUCUUGUGUAUUGUUGUUUCUUUUUUUUUUCUACGCGCCAGUAUUCUGUAGAAGUGAAAAACUCAAAGCGUCGAGCGUAACAAUUGAUUCGUCUUUAUUGUAAAAAUACUAAGCGUAAAUAAAUUCUUAACGUGCAAUCAUAAA